CUCAGCCCAAGUGAUUCAACCCUGAUUUCCAAGCGAACAAGCGAGCGACAAGACAGGAUGCCAAAAAGUGCAGACCAGCGGGGAGGUUUUACGCGUUGAUCGGGCUUCUUUGAGAAGAAAGCCGGUGGAAGCAGGAGAAGCAAGUGAAGAAGACGAAAGAAAGGCGCGUUGUUUCUCCCGCUGCAACUUGCGCUCAGUGCCAGAGUUUUUAGCGGCAGUAUUGUUCCGACUUCACUCCAGAGGGGCCACUCCGAGGAGAGAGGACGGACACAAAAGGGGGGAAAAGGAAAAGGGACUUAACGAGCACGCUUUUUUCCGCUUAAAGUAAUGGUCCUAGCACCCUAGUUUUCUCUGUCUCUCGCUCUCUUUUCCUCUCUGUUGUUUUUCCAUUACAUAUAUUUUUAUUAUUUUUUCGCGUCCCGUCGGCUUGUGUGCCCCCCUUGUUUGUCGCCGUGAAGAGAGAGUGUGGACGCGCCGGGGUCCGAGGAGCAGAAGCGGGCUGUCCACAUGGUCCAACCGCUGGCGUGAAAGUUGACUUCUUCAGAAACCGAGAGAACAGGUGCCAGUGAUGAUGGUGGAAUCAGCCUCUGAGACCAUUCGAACAACACCGUCCAACCAAAAUGGAGUCAGCAGCCUUAGCAGCCAAUCAGAUGGAGGGGGAGGCAGAGAGGGUGGGUCCAAUGGGGACGCCAAUGGAGAGAUCAGUCCGGUCGACUUACUGCACCUGCAGCAGCAACAGGCACUCCAGGCCGCCAGACAGUUCCUCCUCCAACAGGCUUCUGGACUCAACUCCCCUGGCAGCAAUGAGAUCAAGCAGAACCCUGUGCAGGUGCCCGUGUCCAUGGCCAUGAUGAGCCCACAGAUGAUCACUCCUCAGCAGAUGCAACAGAUCCUGUCUCCUCCUCAGCUCCAGGCCCUCCUGCAGCAGCAACAGGCUCUUAUGCUACAGCAGUUACAGGAGUACUACAAGAAGCAGCAGGAGCAGCUGCAUCUCCAGCUUCUGACUCAGCAGCAGCAGCAGCAGCAGCAGCAGCAGCAGCAGCAGCAGCAGCAGCAGCAGCAGCAACAACAGCAGCAUCAGCAGGCCGGGAAGCAGGUGGCCAAAGAGCUAGGCAGUAAGCAGCUGGCCUUCCAGCAGCAGCUGAUCCAGAUGCAGCAGCUUCAGCAGCAGCACAUCCUCAACCUCCAGAGACAAGGCCUGGUUCCGCUGCAGCCCACUGCCGCCAUGCAGUCUCUUCAGCAAGCAAUGUGUCCAUCAGACCUCCAGCAACUGUGGAAGGAGGUGUCCGGAGUGCCGAGCGCUGAGGACGCCCUUAAACAGGCCGAGGGCCUGGACUUGAGCACCAACAGUUCUAAUUCUACCUCAGCCUUCCCCAAAGCUGCCAGUGCUCACAUUCCACUGCACAGCCUGCACAACGGACAGAACCACACCCCAAAGAGAGACAGAGCCAGGCUGUUUGAGUGGAUAUCCUCCUUCACCAAGGCAGACAGCGGAGAUGACCAUGUUCCUCUUUACUCCAAAGGCAGCCAACCUCCCAGCAGCCAUCAUGAGGAGCUCAGCAGCUCCCAUCCCCUCUACGGUCAUGGAGAGUGUAAGUGGCCUGGCUGUGAAGCACUGUGCGAAGACAUGGGACAGUUUAUCAAGCACUUGAAUAAUGAGCACGCCCUAGAUGACCGCAGCACUGCUCAGUGCAGAGUCCAGAUGCAGGUGGUUCAGCAACUGGAGAUACAGCUGGCGAAGGAGAGCGAGCGACUUCAGGCCAUGAUGACCCACCUGCACAUGCGCCCCUCAGAGCCAAAACCUUUCAACCAACCUCUGAAUCUGGCUUCCAGCGGCUCCCUGUUAAAGAGGGACAGCGACGCCUACCCAGAGGGUCUUCCCCACCCUCCCACCUCAGCUGCCACCCCAAUCACGCCACUGCGCCAGGGACCCUCUGUCAUCAGCUCUUCCAGCCUGCACACACAUUCCCACUCCCACACGCACUCGGUCGGCCCCAUACGUAGGCGCAACUCUGACAAGUACUGCACCCCAAUUGCCUCAGAGCUGGCUCAAAACUGUGAGUUUUACAAGAACGCUGAUGUCAGGCCUCCAUUUACCUACGCCUCUCUUAUCCGUCAUGCCAUCCUGGAAUCUCCAGACAGACAGUUGACUCUAAAUGAGAUUUACAACUGGUUUACACGAAAGUUUGCAUAUUUCAGGAGAAAUACUGCCACAUGGAAGAAUGCCGUGCGCCACAACCUGAGUCUGCACAAGUGCUUUGUUCGUGUUGAGAACGUGAAGGGUGCUGUGUGGACCGUGGACGAAGUUGAAUACCAAAAGAGGAGACCACCAAAGAUGACCGGAAGUCCCACUCUGGUGAAAAACAUGAUUUCAGGCCUGGGUUUUGGAUCCCUAAACGCCAGCUACCAGGCGGCUCUGGCAGAGAGUAGUUUGUCCCUGCUGAACAGCCCCCCUCUGGUGACCCCUCCAUCUGCUGCCAGCCUCAACAUGCUGCACGUGGGCCACGAUGAUGUCAGCUCCACUGUGGAGCAGGUCAACAGCAACGGCAGUUGCAGCCCCACGCUCAGCCCUCAGCAGUACAGCCACCCGGUGCACGUGAAGGAGGAGCCCACUGAGGUGGAAGAGGACAGCCGACCAGUAUCCCUCCUGGCUAGCGUCACACACAGCCUGCCGUUACCAAGCGAUGAGCGUGAUCUGGAGGAAGAUCUUCCAACCGAGGAGCUGGAGUAGGACACACCUGCCCAAUGGAUCAAAGGGCCAGGGCUCCUCUCAGAUCAGUCCGAGCGCCCUUUCAUCAGCGUGAAGAGGAAAAACAGCAUCCGUACACUUAAGAGAAAAGAGAGGGAAAAAAGAAAACAUGUUUUUUUUUUUUUUUUAAAUAAAGUUCAAACAACAGAGAAUGACAUUGAGAAACUCAAAAAACAGGGUUUAGAUGACUUUUUUGUUCAGCCGCAAAAACCUGACUGUGGAGCACUGCUUUACCUCCAGGUGUUGCUUUUACAACACUUGGCUCAGAGGUGUAACACCACUUUAUUCAUACACGCUAGCAAAACCUGUGCACGCACGCACAUAUGCACACACACAUGCACACACACAUAUUUGUUUACCUGUCAAACCAUGUCUCGGGGGAAAAAACAAAAAAGAUCCCAAGAGGCAUGGAUUUUUCCCCUCAUACCACCACCUGGCAUAGGCGCUUUUCUCUCUGUGGUCCCUAGUUGAGAAGAAACACUGAUGUGUGUUUGAAAGAACAAGACAUGCACAAACACAUAGGAUCAUGUGUAUAUAGAUUUGGAGAGGUCGUCAGGGUCCGGACAUCUCUUCUUUCCACCCUCUUCGAGUCAGACACUUGCUUUUUCAUACACUUUGAUUUGAUGGAAACGAAACCGAUGGCCUUCAAGAUGAGGGAGAAUGAAGAAGAGGAAUGACGGCGUCACCCUGUUCCCUGUCCAGGACUCAGCAGUGGGACAGUUACUGAGGGAUGUUCUUUUUAACUGUUUAUUUCUACGUAGAAGAAGAAAAAAAUGUUCCUACCAAUACUACAGCCCACCCUAUUCCACCACCCCUCCCACCCCAAAGACUGCAGGACAAGGUGCUCUUCGUAUGUUCUCCGUUUGCAGAUGAGCAUGGAACACUUUGGAAAGAAAGAAGAAAUGAUGGGAAGCAGCGAGAGACGAGGGAGGAAGUGUCUAGAGAAACUUUGUGACUACAAAAACAAACAAAAAAUGUCUUUGAUUUUGAGAAAUAAGAAAAACAGUGUGGUAGCUUUUGUCAUUACCUUUUUAUUUUUUAUUGUUUACUUUUGAUGAUCAAUAUUCCUAUCAUGGAUUUCUAAGGAUGUUUGUCUCAUUUUUAGUUUUUGUCAGUUGUUUGAUUUGCUCUGGUUGUUCGCACCAUUACAAAUAAGUAUUGGCAAAAUAAUUUAGUGGAGAUUUUUUUAAAAAGGAGCAAAGUAUUGACCCAACUGUUCUUCCCCUCAACAGCUUUUAUGUCCCAAGUGUAGCAGGCGAGAAAAUUGGAAAUAGCACUUAAAAGUUACCAUUAACCGCCAAACUUUCUUUAUUUUUAUUUUAAUUCACUUGUUUUUUGUUUUUAAGUUGUAUAUUUACUUAAGAUGUGUCUGUAAUGCUUUAAAAAACAUAAAUAUAUAUAUACAUAUACAUAUAUAUAUAUAUUACUGCAGUCAGAGAAUACCUCAUCCCACAAAGGUUCUGCCCAGAAACAUGUCCAAAUUGAUUAAGAAGAAGUAAGGGGAGAUAUUCCUUCUGUGGGACACCAAAUGUGGCAACUCUGCUCAGCCUCAAUUCAAAGCUCUAUGGUUGUAAUUGUUACUGUGUAGAAGCUAUCUGCGAUUCACUGUGUGAGUUUGUGUUCAAGGAAAUGGCUAUUUUAUUAUUUCUUUUGAGGACGUCAAAGCAUAACUUUUCUCUAAAAUUACAUACCAAAUUUUAGCGUUUAUUUUUAAUUAAUAACCUCUUAUCAUGUUCCCGUUUUAGUUUUUUGUUACAGGUAACCAAAGAUAUACGUAGAAAACCAAAAACCCUGUGCUUUAUUUACCCUUAGUUUUUAUUUUUAUUUUCUCUCAGAAAACAGGCCAAUAGACAAGAAACCAUAAUGUUUUUCUUUCCUGUAAAGAUAUUCACAUGAGUGCUGCCCUAAGACUCUAAGACUUACAGUGCUGAUCAUUCCAAAAACCAAAGUGUGCAAAGGAACCUGAGAUUUUAGGGACAGUUCUGAAUGACUUAAAUUAGGUAUCACACCAAAAAUGAAUAAAAACAAACCUCGCACAGUUCCUCUGAAAAAUACAAUGUAGAGAGAAAGGAGUAUAAAGCACUUACAGAUGAAACCCUGCCUCUCCUAUACUGUAUACUGACCCAUUUUGUUAAAAAACCCAGUUCUUGGACAACUACAUUUGAGCAGACCCUAACAAAAAUAUUUUUCUGUGAGCUUUUUUUUUUUAAUAUUAGGAGGUAUGCAAUCAAGAUAAAAAAGAUCUUUCAACAGAAACUGCCUGUGCAUCUGAACAUGCUGUUCACAAGAAGAGGAAGUGUACUGUAACAGGUUUCCAAAAGUCAAAAGUGGACAAACAAAUGAUUCCGAAUAUACAUUGCAAAUAAAGAGGGGACAUUUAAUGUAAUGGAGAAACAACCAAGGGAUACAUUUAUAGUUUAAGAUGGGUUUUGUUGUCAGAUUUUUCCUUAAGCCCAACUGAACUUCAGAUGUUUUUUUUAACUAAUCUUUCCAAUGACAUUGUGUUCAAACAGGACUGUUUCCUGUUGUAAAAGAGACUGUGUGGAAAACACAUACCUGGCAGGCAGAAAUGUUGAAAAGAGAUAAAAUAACCAAAAAAUAAUACUACCUCUUUUUCAAAACUGUUUGACACAUAGCCAGUGGGAAUCUGAACUCUCGUUAACACUUUACUCUUCCUCAAUAAUAAUACCAAUAAUGCCAAAACUGUUGUCACACAUACUUUACAACAAGGGUAGCCGGAUAUUAAGAGAUAUCCAUUUGUGAUAUUAUUGCUGAGAAUUGCGAUGAUGAUAUUGAUUGCAAUUGAUACCCAUUUUCCUUACAAUUCUUUUUUCUUUUCCAUCAUCACAAACUUCAUAAGACUCUUGAUGAUCUUUAGGAUUUCGGUCUCUAAGAUCUAGAUCAGGCGUGGGCAUAAAAGACAAUGAAAUUUCAUCCAACUGAUUAAAGAUUAUAAAUAAGCAGCAUUUAUGACUUGGGAAACAUUACAGCCUAACAAAUAUUGCAUCUUUUCUGAUUGCAACAACAACUGCAAUCUGAUAAGUUUGUGCAGCUUUAUGUACAACAGAAAUCAACAAUAGCUGUUAGGUCAUUCCCUUUCACGUCUACUUGAGCCCAAAAAACACAAAGUUGUUUCAUUUUUUUAUAUAUUAUUAAGAAUGACUACCUCUCCGUAAACCACAUCUGAAAGCGCUCGGUGCAUGUCAAAAUGUGUCGAGAGUGCUCGCUAACUACAGUUUUUUCUUCACCUGAUUUGCGCUGAGCUUUGUAAAGUCAAACCCUCUCAGUUGCACAUCUGCUUACAUGUCAUCAGAAGCUGGUUGCUAGUAGCUCUCUCUCGUUGUCAGAGGUGGUGAUGGGCUAUGACAACACACACUAACACCCACUUGUACAUGUGCAAACCUGAACCAGUUAAACUGAGGCUCAGAGCAUUCAGAUAUCCAAAGAACCGCUCAACAAAAAACACUCAAGAGGCUGAAUCUCUAACGCACCACUACUAGUCAGAUCCAAACCAGGAGAAACUGCUGCAUCUAGAACCUAGACGAUUCCUAACUUGUGCUUUAAGGUACACCUGUAAACACAGCGGUUUUAUAAAGAUGUAGAUCGUUCACAGGUCAGCAUGUAACACUGCUUUCUUUAGCUUGACAUAACAUGAUGCAUUCCUGUAUAUUAAUGCUUGGCUCAUCUCUCCAGUGCUUCUCCGUUGUUUUGGGGUUUUUUUGCGUUUGUUUUUUCUUUUUUUUUCUGCUGAGCUGUUGCAAAGCUUUCAACUUGGAUUCCUAACCUGUACCGCUAAUGCUGAAUAUGUGUAUUUAUGACAUUAAUUGCUGCAGAUAUCUUGGUUUAAACGUUUUUGGGUUUUUUUUUUUUUUUUUUUUUUGGUUUCCAUUUUUCAGUUCUUCAUAAAACGUCUGGGACGCAACUUUUUUUUAAAGUGUAUUAACAAAAAGAAAAAAAAUGAAAAGAAUGGAAUUUAGAUCAGUGGUUUAGGAAACACCUGUUUGUAUAUUUAUCUUAGCUAGAUCUAUUUUGAUACUUUUUUGUCUCUGUAUUGCAUUUAUGCAUUUUUAAGGAAAGAAAAAAAAACUACAAAAGGAAAACAAACAAAAAAGUUUCUUCAUUGUGUUUUGAUACCUCAGAUUGACUUUUGUUUUCUCAGACAGGACCAAAACCUCUGAAAAGAGAAAGAGGAAAAAAAUGUAAGAAUAUGGAUACCCUUUCUUUAACAAAAAAAAAAAAAAGAAAUGCGGAGCUAGAGAAAAGUAUUGCUGUUGGUCCUUUCAGGUGCCAAUACGUGUCCUUGCUCCCUGUGACACCUCCCUCUAACCCCCUGACUCCCAGUCAUUCCUGUGCCAAACUCCGACCCACAGAGCUGCCAAUCAUCUGCAGGUGCCAAGGGGCCGAGUCAAAAACUUAACGGGUAGCGACUCGCCCCAGACUUUAUCUCUAAGUCCAACAGAGGCAAAUUAACGACUGACACUGUUUCGUUAUUGUUAUCAUUAUUAUAUGUUGUUGUUUUGAUACUCCUCCUUUUGCUUAGUCUCAAAACCAAAAUGUGGAGUGGCUCUUCGAGAUGCAGCUCUGACUACCAAAGGCAUUGUGAGCCAACAUUGCUUCAGUCCAAACUGAACUGUAACCAAACUGCAACCAAAACCAAUGUUACAACCUGAACCAACCAAAAAAAAAAAAAAACAAAAAAACCCCGUGCUACUUCCAAAACUUUACAUUUACGUCACUUACCACCCUCACCGAUAGGAGUUUCCCCUCAUCCAUUCGCGUAACAGUGUUGUGGGGAGCAGUCUACGUCUCUUUGGCUUGCGUCUAAUUCAGAGGAUUUAGGGAGAGCAAAUCCUGAUCAGUGAUUGGACAGUUCUGAGGCGUCAUGGGAGGGAAAAGGGACUCUCAAAGUGGAGCUAUUGCCUGAUGGUAUUAUCAUAAAGACAGCCAGAUUUUGAUGGAACUACCACUCUAAUGAUCCUCUGGUUAAACCUUAGGAAUGUGUGUACAUUUAAAGCAGUGACUCUCGUUAUUGAUUUUUAGUUGAGUUUACCUGUUUACCUCUCUUUAUUCCUUUGGUUUUUGUUACGUUUCUUGUUGUUUCAAAGUGUGACCCGAGGAAGAGGCAGGAACAGGGACCUGGGUGGUUGCUUUAGACAGACAGAUGAUUUGCCCGGCCCUCUGACCCUCUUCCGCCCGGGGUAGCCAUGUAAUGCCAGUCACUGCCCUUUUCCUUCAUGCUGUAUAAAAACACACACAUAUAUCUGUGUAUUUGUAACCUGAAUCUUCUUGUGUCUGUCCAUGCAGACAAUAAAAAACUGUACAGUAGGUCUAGUUGCAUGUAAUCUGUACUAAUUAUUGACAAUGGCAUUAUAAAAUGCAAUAAAAUACUUAUUACACUG